AUGUCCGUAUUCUCAAAAAUUAGGCAAUCCAGAGCGGCCGCCAAACAACACAAGGCAAAGGCCAAAGAGCCCACAGAGGAUGUUAAAGUCCCGUACAAACAUGUGCCCAAGCACGCUGCCGUCGAUGCCCUGAGUGGCGCACCGUCGACUUGGAAGCACGAGGACAAGGGAAAGAUCCGACAGCAUCACCAGCGAAGGAGUCAAAUGGGUAGUCGGACCACAAGCAUGAUAUCGACCGCAUCCUACUUCACUGCAACCGCCGGGCCAAGUUCAGCAGCCCCUCCAUUACCGCGAAAUAACAGCUACACGUAUAGUAGCUAUAGCCCGGCCUGGCUUGAUCGAGGGGGUGAUUAUCACAACGCAGAGCCUACGCGGAAACGAUACAAAUCUAGAGGUCACUCGUAUAACGACUCGGGUAUUGGCGCCAGCAUUGGACCAUCCCCUCUGGCCUCGAAUAUGCACAGUGAAGAUGUCUCGCCGGUCAUCAGUUCCGGCGACAGCUCCUCAUCCAACUCCUCCGACCACCUUGAGCUCGCACCUGCAUCCAAUUCAAAACGUAGGUCACAACAACGGCCACAGCCCGAAAAGCGUGAUGGUUAUUCAACGCCGAAUAUGAACCGCACCUCACAGCGACCCCAACCCGUGGUAUACGCCGAGAAGGACAUCUUCGAGCGAUUGCACACAAGUACGACACGAAAGAUUGGCGAAGCUCCUCUUUACGACAGUCCUCCAUCGCCUGUUAAAGGCUCAGUGGCCACGACAACCGUGGCCCCGGCCGUGGAAGAGCGAAAACCAAAGAAAUCAAGAUGGAGUUUACUUGGGAAGAAAAGAAAUUCUGCGAUAGUGGCUUGA